GGGCUCGCCCACCAGCCUUUGGCCACCGGGCCGGUGCACCAGCCAGUACUGGACCUCCGCAGGCCCGAAGACGUCUUUCCUCGCCGCGGGAGAAUCUGCAGCCUUCCCCACACGCGGCCCCGAGCUCACAGUCUCCGCAGGAAGGGGCGGGCCCUGCCGGCUGGCUUUGCUGGGGCCCCGCGUUGCCAUAGGGACCCUGGCAGGGCUUGGGACGCCGGAACGCGCGCUGCGGAGGACGAUCGAGGCUGGAGCCUGCGGGCGGCGACUCCACCGCUCUCGGCCCGGGACUCCAGAUGCAGGAUCCGCCCCGCGGGAGAGCGCAGCACCCUCUGGCCCACAGAAGCAGCCAACAUGCCUAUCUCCAAGUGCCGGCCAAAGUCGGAGCCCCUGUGGAAAGCGUGGGACCAGAAGGCCCAGAAGAACGGACCGAGGCACCAGGUGUUCGCUGUCAAUGGCGAUCACUAUGUGGGCAAGUGGAAGGACAACAUGAAACACGGGAAAGGAACACAGGUCUGGAGGAAGAAUGGAGCCAUCUAUGAGGGGGACUGGAAAUUUGGGAAGAGAGAUGGCUAUGGCACCCUCAGCCUUUCUGACCAAGAGACCGGAAAGUACAGGAGAGUCUACUCAGGCUGGUGGAAAGGCGAUAAGAAAUGUGGCUAUGGGAUCCAGUUUUUCGGACCCAAGGAGUAUUACGAGGGUGACUGGUGUGGCAACCAGCGCAGCGGAUGGGGCCGCAUGUACUACAGCAAUGGCGACAUCUACGAGGGCCAGUGGCGCAACAACAAGCCGGAAGGGGAGGGCAUGUUACGCCUGAAAAACGGGAACCGCUACGAAGGCAACUGGCAGAGAGGCAUGAAGAACGGGUUGGGGCGCUUCUUCCACCUGGACCAUGGUCAGCUGUUUGAAGGCCUCUGGGUCGACAACAUAGCCAAGUGUGGCACGAUGAUUGACUGGGGCCGUGAUGAGGCCCCCAAGCCCACCCAGUUCUCCAUUCCUGAGGUGGGAAGCUCUCCCGGAUCCCGGGGCCGCACGCAGCCCAGGGAGAGACAAAACAGCACCCGCAGCCACACCCAGCCUGGCCGAGCCCAGCCAGGAAACAGACAAGGUCAAAAUUCUAGAUCCUGACGGCGUGUUGGCGGAAGCUCUGGCCACGUUCAAGAAGACACAGGAAGAAGGAGAUUGAUGCCAGGUGAGAGGCGGGCACACCUGCCACCCUCUGAUGUGGUCCGGGCAGCUCCUGGGGCCUCCUCUGGCCUAGGGGCUCCGGGGCUUGACCAGAGAGGGUGGAUUUCCUGCCUCCCACAGCCCUGCUGGUCGUUUUUGCUUCCUCCCCUUCAAAGCUCUUUUCCCUGCAGAAGUCCCGCCAAAUCCUCCCAUGUGCACCCUGGGCUCAAUCGGAUUGGAGUCAGGUGGUCUGCUCACCCUGGAGGGCCCCGGGCCUCCACCUGCCUAUCUGUCUUGUGGGGCCUUGUUCAGUGCUACCCCUCCUGGUGUUGGUAUAAGUGGGGUCGAGGAGAGAGCAUUGAUACAGCAUCUUGGAGACGCCAGCCCCGCCCACCCCACCCCCCUUGCCCCUGCAGAAAGAA